AGCUCAAAACCUCGCUAUCCAGUUGUAUUGCGUGUUGGGCAUGGAAGCCAUGGUCUUGGAAAGGUGAAAAUUGACGACGAAAAUCAUCUUCUGGAAGUUGAAAAUAUGCUUCGCGCAGUUGGUCCUAUCGAGGUUCUCACCGAACCAUUUAUUGAAACCAAAUAUGACAUACACUUGCAGAAGAUUGGAUCCGAAACUAGAGCUUAUAUCCGAAAAGGCAUAUCAAAUGACUGGAAGAGUAAUGCCAGUUCUGCAAUGUUGGAAAAAAUUUCCCUUUCAAAUAGGCAGAAGCAAUGGUUAGCGACAGUAUCUGAUGCUUUCGGUGGGCUGGAAGUAUUCGGUAUCGAUAUUUUAGUAGCAAAAGAUGGAAGAGAGAUAAUUCACGACGUCAAUGAUGCAAUAACACUGCUUGGUGAUACUCAGGAAGAGGAUCGUAGGAUCAUCGCCGACCUCGUUCAGACACACAUCAUACAAUCGUUUGCGCCUUUUUUUUUUUUACCUUUGUUCCUUGUUUAA